AGAAAAUUCGUCCUAACCUCUUCCUAUGUUUUUUUUUACUUCCAAAUGGAAGAAUCACAAUUUUUCACCGAAAAUAAAAAUAAUAAUAACUAGAGAAAUGCUGUAGCCUUACGAAAAGUUCGCCUAGAUUAGUCAAUAAUCUUAUAAUCUUAUACUUACUCACUCCACUUAUCAAGUUUUUCUGGAAUGUUUACAAACUGUUAUAUACUCCUUUGUGUUUUUCCAUCCCAGCAGUAAUUGAAAAUAAAUGGAAUACAGAAGACUGCACUAAUCGAAUUUCACAGGGGUUUAUGUGAACUAACUGUUGAGAAUUCAGCAAUAUUUGUAUAUCAAUUUACUAUGGAAGAUUAAAUUUAUUGCGAAAAAUAUUUACAAUAUUGUAGCUUUGUUUUACUGAUGAGAUAUAUACGCAGAAAUGGCAAAUCCGGGCGGCUUCUUUGCCCAUCUUGUUAAAUUUAUCAUCACGAUAAUAUGCAUGGGAUAUUUUGAUGACAAAUCGUCUGGCCUUACUCAAAGAGCUUUUCAGAUUUAUUUGGUCCAUUCAAUUCUCGGCAUGUUCCGAUUUGGAAGCACUGGAGGCCUAAUAGCUAAACGUGGAUUUCGAGAUUUUUAUGAACGCACAUCCAAUAUUUCAGAAAUCAUCCCCUUCGGUAUAUUUGCAUCGGAAAUAUCACGACGCUGUGGAAUCGAUGACAUUCUUCGGCAAUCUCUUCUUCUGGUCCUUACACUUUUACCAAUUGUCCAUGAAAUUGUUCCGAGAAAGGAAAGAUCGAAAAUGCGUACACUCAUUAAUCACUCGAUCAAUCUUCAAUUGUUGAUUAUCACAAUUGCCUGCCUCCAAAGAAGUAAUUGGUAUAUUAUAAAUUUAAUAAUAUCAUACAUAUUUAAUCGAUAUUAUGCGGAAAACUUCUGUGACUGGUUCGACGUGCCAUACGAUGUCCUUAUACAGUACAGCCUUAGCUUUGUCCAAGUUUUUGCAUUGACCGCACUGAAUGAAUUGUAAUAUAUUUGCAGAAAGAUUAACUGUAUCUUCCAGCUUCAGAGCUCAAAUAUAUAAUACAGAUUUUUUUAAUCUGA